UGUAUUCUUCCGUUGACCCCUGCUACAACUACACUGUGCUGGACGAUCCAUGGAGAGCCAACAGCAGUCGCCUAUCAAGCUCCUACAAGUGUGACAGUGAUCUCACCUCGAGCAGCUGGUAUCGUCUCUUCAUUAACAACAUGAGCGCUCAGAUCCCAGACACGUGUGUUGCUCAGUAUAGCUGUGGCACUGCUAUCCCACUGUGGAUUCGUGGUGGACACCCAACAGUUGAAGAUGGAGUCGUCACUCGAGAUGUCUGCGGUCACUGGAUCAAUUACUGCUGCUUUUUCGGGUCUUACCCCAUUAAAGUCAAAGCCUGUCCAGGCAAUUAUUAUGUCUAUGAGCUGGUUAGACCAACUUUCUGCUAUUCAGCAUACUGUACAGCUGUUACUAACAUCAGCAGGACUCAUACAACAGUCACACCAGAGACGAGCCCAGCUG